AUUUUUUUUUUUUUUUUGCCGUUUCCCCCUCCUUUCUUCAUCCCUCAAUGAGCAGCGUACCUCGCUCCAACCCGCGGCCUGUCGGGACCAGCGGUGCCAGUAGUGCUGGAGGCAGUGUCGGCAGCAGCGCAGGCAGCCUGUCGUCGUCGUUCAACGAGUCUGCUGCUGGCGCGACCUUUGGCGGCCGAUCGCUCACGUCCUCGUCCUCGCAGCAGCAGCAGCAGCAGCGCGGCAGUGGCUCUAUCACGCGCACGCCGGUGGGCUCUGUUGUGCUGUCGACGUCGCCUGGCAGCUUUGCGUCGUCGUCCGUCGGCGCCGUCAACUCCAUCACCAACUCGUUCGCCUCGACCUCGAGCACAACGACGGCGACCGGCCCGCGCUUUGAUGGCAGCGCAGUCAAGACGACCAUCGGCUUCCAUCUCGCAGAGACGGACUCUGGCUCAAACUCGCGACAGGGCAGCCAUCCAUCCACGCCGCUGAUGACCACGGCCGCGUCGUCGUUCAGCGCGUCGUCCAGCACUUCCACACCGACAAGCGCGGCGCCAAUCCCGGCCAUUGUCAUUGCUCCUGCAAACCAGCAAUCUCAGUCCCAGCAGCGAAAGAAGGGCGGCGACGCUGCUGCUGCUGCUGCUGCUCCUGCUGCUGCUGGUGCCACAGCUGCUUCUGCAGAUGGCGCUGCACCAAAGCCAGAGCGUGUUGGCGCAGACGGAUUGACAAAAUCUGAGCGCCUUGCAUUGCAGGAGAAAAACAAGGCGGCAAAGCUUGCACUCCGACAAAAGCAAAACAACCAACCUGCCAAGGGCGAUCAAGCAGCCCAGCAACCUGCCUCCCCUCAAUCACAAGCAUCACCACAGUCACAGCCUCAACCGCAGCAGCCCAAGUCGCUCAAAUCCUCGCGCCAGACGUCUCAAAGCUCGGUCGAGAACGCAGAAGGAUCGAAUGCAGAGCGAAAGGGCAAAAGUCCCGUUGCCACUGCUGGCAAUGCCGCCAGCGGCGCAGCGUCGGGCGCCAGUCUGGCUGCCGCUUCGGACAGCAAGGUCGGCAAGAAGGAAUCGUUCCGAGGUGUGCAUUCCAACCCCAACAUGCAGUAUGACGAUGUCAAAGUGCAAAACAAGCUUUCGCGCACCCUCGCCAAGCAACAGCUCUCCCAGCCAACACGGCCUCAGAAGCAGGUCGAAUUCUUUGCACACUUGCGUCAAUACCAGCGUCUGCCUUCGCUGACACAAAACUUUCUGCGCGCCAGCAUGCACCCUGCGAUUACCGCUCUCGGCCUGAAAUACGCCGAAAACGUGAUUGUCGGCUCCAAUGCUCGAGCUUUGGCUCUUAUCAACGCGUUCCGCAAGGUGAUUGCGGACUAUGUGACUCCCCCUCAGAAAGAGCUACGACAUGACCUGUCCGAGUCCAUCAAGCCUUACCUGACAUUCUUGACUUUUUGUCGUCCCAUGUCUGUCAGCAUGGGCAAUUUUAUUCGAUAUCUCAAAGUGAACAUUGCUGCUGUCAAACCCGACGAAACGGAUGCAGAGGCCAAGAAUUUCCUCAUCGGAAUCGUGGACGAAUUUGCGGAUGGUAUCAAGCUUGCUGAUUCUGCCAUCUGCAACAGCGCGAUUACCAAGAUCCAAAAUGGCGAUGUGAUUCUCGUUCACGCGAGCUCGCAUGUUGUCUUGCAAGUUCUGCUUGCCGCCCAUCGGGCAAACAAGAAAUUCUCUGUCGUCGUGGUCGACUCUCGCCCGCGCAUGGAAGGCAAAGAGACGUUGCGACGACUCGUUCAAGCGGGCAUCAAGUGCUCCUACGUUCUUAUCAACGCAAUUUCAUACGUCAUGAAGGAGGUUUCCAAGGUCUUCCUGGGUGCACACGCCAUUCUCAAGAACGGCUACGUCAUGUCGCGCGUCGGCACCUCCGUCAUUGGCAUGAUGGCCAAGGCGUACAACGUGCCAGUCAUUGUUUGCUGUGAAACGUACAAGUUCUGCGACCGCUCUCAAACAGACUCGUUUGUCUUUAACGAGCUGGGCGACCCCGACGCGUUGGUCGCCAUCGAUCGCGAAAGCGGCAAUGUCCUGGACGAGUGGCGUGAGAUUGAAUCUUUACGACUCCUCAAUCUUGUUUACGAUAUCACUCCUCCAGACUUUGUGGAUGUGGUGAUCACCGAAAUCGCCAUGAUUCCUUGCACAUCCGUGGCAGUUGUUUUGCUCAACCAAUCCGCCGAAAGCAAGCGCUGAGCUGUGCUGCCUCCCCACGCCCCUCUCUUCCUGUUUGGAUAUUUGCUGCUUUGGCUGUCUGAUGCUUGUACACUUUGCUUUUGUGUGGAAUCCAGUUAUUCCAUGUUGGAACAAAGGGUUUCCGUUCAACUCCAAAAAGCGAACAUUUCGCAA